GGGGCGGUCCCUCCAAGAUGGCGGCGUACCUGCAGUGGCGGCGCUUCCUCUUCUUCGACCGGGAGGUCCUGAAGGAGCCGCCGGGGCCGGAGGGGCCGGGCGGGAAGCCGUUCGCGCUGCCGCCGGGCAUCGCCGUGUGCGACUCGGGCCGCGGCAGCCUGGUGUUCGGGGAUAUGGAAGGGCAGAUCUGGUUCGUGCCGCGCUCCCUGCGGCCCAGCGGCUUCCAGGCCUACAAGCUGCGCGUGACGCACCUCUACCAGCUGAAGCAGCACAGCAUCCUGGUGUCUGUGGGCGAGGACGAGGAGGGCAUCAACCCCCUGGUUAAAGUCUGGAACCUGGAGAAAAGAGAUGGUGGCAAUCCUCUUUGCACACGCAUUUUUCCAGCAAUUCCGGGUAACAAGCCCACAGUUGUAUCCUGCCUAACCGUCCACGAGAAUCUGAAUUUCAUGGCUAUUGGUUUUGCAGACGGGAGUGUUGUCCUUACAAAAGGAGACAUCACACGAGACCGACAUAGUAAGACCCAGAUCCUACACGAAGGCAGUUAUCCGGUUACUGGCCUUGCAUUCCGACAGUCUGGCAAAACAACACAUCUGUUUGUGGCAACCACAGAGAACAUCCAGUCUUACUUGCUUUCAGUGAAGGAUUAUCCUCGCCUGGAACUAGACACUCGUGGCUGUGGCUUGCGCUGCUCAUCUCUCAGCGACCCCUCCCAGGACCUCCAGUUUGUCGUGGCGGGAAAUGAGUGUGUGUACCUUUAUCAACCAGAUGAGCGUGGCCCCUGCUUCGCCUUUGAGGGACAGAAGCUGAUAGUUCAUUGGUAUCGGGGCUACCUCGUCAUUGUCUCCAAGGACCGAAAGACUUCUCCGAAGUCAGAGUUUGCUGGGAAUGAGGCGCAGAAUUCAGACAAGCAAGUCCUGAAUAUCUAUGACUUGUGCAACAAAUUCAUUGCGUACAGCUCGAUCUUUGACGAUAUAGUGGAUGUGUUAGCGGAGUGGGGCUCUCUGUAUGUACUGACCAGAGACGGGAAGAUUCACGUCCUGCAGGAGAAAGAUACGCAAACCAAACUUGAGAUGCUGUUCAGAAAGAACUUAUUUGAAAUGGCCAUUAACCUGGCCAAAAGUCACCACUUGGACAGCGAUGGUUUGUCAGAGAUUUUUCGGCAGUACGGUGAUCAUCUCUAUAACAAGGGGAACCACGAUGGAGCCAUCCAGCAGUACAUUAGAACUAUAGGGAAGCUGGAACCGUCGUAUGUUAUUCGGAAAUUCCUGGAUGCUCAGCGUAUCCACAACCUCACUGCGUAUCUGCAGACACUCCACCUGCAGUCCCUGGCCAAUGCAGACCACACUACGCUCCUGCUGAACUGCUAUACGAAACUCAAAGACAGCUCCAAGCUGGAGGAGUUCAUUAAGACGAGUGAGAGUGAGGUCCGCUUUGAUGUGGAAACAGCAAUCAAGGUGCUUCGCCAAGCAGGUUACUACUCCCACGCUGUGUACCUGGCGGAGAAGCAUGCACAUCAUGAAUGGUACCUCAAAAUCCAGCUAGAGGACAUCAAGAACUACCAAGAGGCUUUGCGCUACAUUGGAAAACUGCCUUUUGAUCAGGCAGAGAGCAACAUGAAGCGGUAUGGUAAAAUCCUGAUGCACCAUGUACCUAAUGAGACCACAGAACUGCUGAAGAUCCUUUGCACUGAUUACCGGCCAUCGGGAGACAAUGAAGGCCCUGGAAUGCUGGAAGGGCAAAAGGCUAAUUCGGAGGAGUUCAUCCCAGUCUUUGCAAACAACUCCCGGGAACUGAAGGCUUUUCUGGAGCACAUGACUGAAGUGCAAGCUGACUCUCCACAGGGUGUCUAUGACACUUUACUGGAACUUCGGCUCCAGAACUGGGCACAUGAACAAGAUGAGCAGAUCAAGGAGAAGCUGCACAAUGAAGCCCUCACCCUCCUGAAGAGCGGAAGGUUCAGAACAGUCUUUGACAAAGCAUUGGUCUUAUGUCAGAUGCACAAUUUCAAAGAUGGUGUCCUCUACCUCUACGAGCAGGGCAAACUUUUCCAACAGAUCAUGCACUACCACAUGCAGAACGAGCAGUACAAGAAGGUGAUUGAGGUUUGCGAGUUGUAUGGAGACCAAGAGGCUUGUCUGUGGGAACAGGCUCUCGGAUACUUUGCACGGAAGGAGGAAGACUGCAAAGAGUAUAUUGCUGCGGUGCUGAAACACAUUGAGAACAAGAACCUUAUGCCUCCUCUGCUUGUUGUGCAGACGCUGGCUCAUAACUCCACAGCCACCCUGUCCGUGAUUAAGGAUUAUCUCGUCAACAAGCUGCAGAAGCAGAGCCGCCAGAUAGAGCAAGAUGAGCAGAGAAUUCAAAAAUACCGAGAGGAAACUACGCGGAUCCGCCAGGAGAUUGAGGAGCUGAAAGCAAGUCCCAAGAUCUUUCAGAAGACCAAAUGCAGUAUUUGCACCAGCGCCCUGGAGCUGCCCUCGGUUCACUUCCUCUGCGGACACUCCUUCCACCAGCAUUGCUUUGAAAGCUACUCCGAGAGUGACUCGGAAUGCCCCACUUGCAUGCCAGAAAACCGCAAAGUGAUGGACAUGAUCCGAGCGCAGGAGCAGAAGAGAGAUCUGCACGACCAGUUUCAGCAUCAGCUCAAGUGUUCCAACGAUGGCUUCUCCGUGGUCGCCGACUACUUCGGCCGAGGCGUUUUCAACAAGCUGACCCUCAUCACCGACCCGCCCCCGCGGAAAGCGGCCCCCGAGGCGGCGCCGCGCAGCACCUGACCCAAUAAACCCAACCGCAUGCAGGACUGGCUGCUGAGGGCGGGGCGGCGGUCACGUGGCAGGAAG